AUGUACGUUGACGGCGCAGCAAACCAAAGGGGAUUCGGAGUGGGGCUAGUCGUAAUAUCUCCCGAGGAAACCAUCAUAGAGAAGUCCCUAAGACUUGGGUUCUCGGCCACAAACAACGAGGCCGAGUAUGAGGCCCUGCUACAAGGAAUUGCCAUGGUACUGAAAAUGGGAGAAAAAGCAGUGGAGAUGUUCUCAGACUCGAAACUGGUAGUGGGCCAGGUAAAGGGAGAAUUAAAGGCCAGAGAUGCAAGGAUGCAAGAGUACUUAAGCCGGGUCAAACGCUUACAGCCGGGUUUCAACUCUUUCAGCUUGUCGCACGUCCCUAGAAGUGGAAACACUCAUGCAGAUUCGCUGGCCACGCUUGCCACCUCCUCGGCAGGGGAUCUGCCCCGAAUUAUUCUCGUCGAGCAUCUGGACAGAGCGAAUGAAGUAGCCAAAGGCAUGGUCCACGUUCAUGAGGUUAAAGCGGGCCCUAGCUAG